AGCCAAGUGGCGGGCCGCGCCGCUCGAAAUACAGCGCCGCGCGAGACGACAGAACGCGGCGGGACCGGACGGCCGCCUCUGCCGGCGCGGAGCGCAGUGCCGGGCGGCGCGUCUCGCAGACUUGUUCUAUAGUGGUCGCCGGUCGGAGAAAGUGGGCGGCGGUUGUGGCGGUCCGGCCGGCCGGCGGGCGAGCAGUGGUCGUGCAGUGGAUGCUAGGAGAGGUGCCGAGAGGAGUGCGGACGAUUGUGGCGACCGAGGCCAGAAGUGGAGCUAAGUGAGCGUCUGGCGGGGCUGAGUGCCCGGGUGCAGAGUGUCGGAGUGAAACGUUCUGUAGUGGUUACUGAAACUUGCAACUCGGAAGUGUCAGUGACUCCAAGCGUGAACAUCUGGUGAGAUUCAACGUCAUUCUGCCAUUUUCUGCCGGUAGGUGGCAGCAGCGAUGCAGGGCCGGCCGAUUCCAAUAGUAGUGCCCUCCGAUGAGGAGGGGGACCACACGUUCCACUUGGACAAGGAGGCGCUCGAGAGCGUCCUCUCCAAGGAUAAGACCAAGGACAAGCAUAUCGUGGUGGUGUCGAUCGCCGGCGCCUUCAGGAAGGGCAAGUCGUUCCUGUUGGACUUCCUACUCCGCUACCUCUGCGCCCAGGGCUCGACGGACUGGCUGGGUGCUCGCGACGAGCCGCUGCGGGGCUUCCCAUGGCGCGGCGGCUCGGAGAGGGACACCACCGGCAUCCUGGUGUGGUCCGAGGUGUUCCCCGUCACACUCACUAAUGGAGAGGAGGUGGUUAUUCUUCUGAUGGACACCCAGGGCGCGUUCGACAGCCAGUCGACCGUCAAGGACUGCGCCACCGUGUUCGCCCUCAGCACCAUGAUCAGCUCGGUCCAGGUGUACAACCUGUCGCAGAACAUUCAGGAGGACGACCUGCAGCACCUCCAGCUGUUUACCGAGUACGGCCGGCUGGCGAUGGAGGACAGCGCGCACACGCCGUUCCAGAAGCUCCAGUUCCUGGUGCGCGACUGGAGUUUCCCGUACGACGCUCCGUACGGCACGGAGGGCGGUAAACAGAUCCUGGACCGACGUCUGCAGGUGGGGGUAUCGGACAAGCAGCACCCGGAGCUGCAGAGUCUGAGGAAACACAUCCGCAGCUGUUUCCAGGAGAUCGGCUGCUUCCUGAUGCCACACCCGGGCCUGAAGGUGGCCACCAACCAGCACUUUGACGGCCGACUCUCUGACAUCGAGCCCGACUUCAUCGAGCACCUGGAGCAGCUGGUGCCGAUGCUGCUGGCGCCGGAGAACCUCAUCAUCAAGGAGAUCUCGGGCACCAAAGUCAAGGCCAAGGAGCUCGUCACCUACUUCGAGUCCUACAUGAACAUCUACAAGGGCAGCGAACUGCCGGAGCCCAAGAGCAUGCUGGAGGCGACGGCCGAGGCCAACAACCUCUCUGCGGUGGCGGCCGCAAAGGAGACGUACACACACAUGAUGGAGGCGGUAUGUGGCGGCGACAAGCCGUUCCUCUCCUCCGAACACCUGGAGGCGGAGCACCUCCGAGCCAAGGACCGCGCCACGGACGUGUUCCAAGCGAGGAGGAAGAUGGGAGGCGAGGAGUUCUCGGAACGCUACCAGGAGAGCCUCAUGAAGGACGUGGAGGAGCAGUACAUCCAGUACCAGGGCCACAACGACUCGAAGAACGUGUUCAAGGCGGCGCGCACACCCUCCGUGCUGCUCUCAGUCUCACUGGUGUUCUACAUCCUGUCGGGGAUCUUCAGCCUGGUGGGGCUGUACCCGGUGGCCAACCUGUGUAACCUGGCCAUGAUGCUGCUGGUGGCUACAGUCGGAGUCUGGGCCUACAGCCGGUACAGCGGCGAGUACACGGAACUGGCCGCCACCAUAGACGAGCUCACCGAACAGGCCUGGCAGAACUGUCUGAAGCCAGUCUACGAGACGGUGAUGCAGAAAUCCUUGGACGCCGCCGCCCGCCAGGCACUCCAACGCCAGGCCUCCGUCAAGGCGGCCAAAAGCAAGGCGUCGUGAUGGCCGCCGGUGCUCAAACGAUACGUACCGCGCUCAGUCCCGCCCCGCUGCCCGCCCCGCCCCGCCCCCGCUCCCGCCGCGCGCGCGCGCGACCACGUGCCAUGGCGGAGCAGCGGCCGACGCCAGCGCUCGGACUGCCCCGCGCGCCAGCCAGCGAGAGUGAGGAGUACAAAGACAGUGCCUACCCGUUCAGUGACAGCGCCGUUCCGACGGACCUCCAAGCGUGAGUGAGUGGGUAUGUGAGAGUGGGUGAGUUUGAGUGUUAGUUAAUUCGGUCGGAGAUGCGAUGGCUCAGAAUACCGACCAGCGUCGCUCGCGUUGUCCGAUACCAUCAGUUGUUAUUAGUGCAGAGAGAUAACCCUAUACGGCGCGGAGCGGCGGUCGCGGGCCCUAUUUAUUACAGCGCAUGUGUUGGCGGGCGGAGGAGCACGGCCGUGGGGUGUGGGGUCCGCGCUCCCGGGCAGAGUAUAGAGGGUGGAGAGAGGGGCGCUGGCCGCGGCGGGAGCCACCGUCCCCGGGAGAUGUCGCUCCUGACCAUGUGUUAGACUGCUGGGUAGCGGUGUGUCGAGUAUCAGCGGGCAGCAUCAGUGACGCGACGUGUAUGACUAACGGUGGACGUAGCCGGAUUUGUUGAAAACUUCCCAGUGUCGAAUGUGCGGGAUACGGAUUUUGUUGUUGGCAUAAUGUGCAUAAGUCUAACCAGGUCCGUUACGUACAGAGUAAUAUCCGAUCUUUCCGAAUAACCCCUGGCGCCAGUCCCGUGUCCUGUUUGAUGGAAACUGGGAGACUCUGGUCCCCGAUUUGUCCCGGUUCCGGUUUGGUCCCAGCCUGGUUUGCUUCUGGUCCCGGUCCCGGUGUGGUCCUGGUUUGGUCCCGGUCUCCAGUUUGGUCUCGGCUUCCAUUCGGUCCCGGUUGGGCCCUGACCGCGUGUCCCAGGUUGCCAUAGUGUUGCGGAGAGCGCGGACGGUCGGUGUUGUGUGUGGCGCGGCCGGUCGGACAGGCCGACGGACCGCCGAUAGGGGGUAGCUGUGUGGUAUGAUAGCGGUGUCAGUCCCCGUGGGGAGGGGACCUGCUGCCAGCGGGAGAUACGGCCAAUAUAAUUACUAAUUGGUUAAUGAA